ACUUACCAACCAAACCAAGGUGUGUUUAAGAGCAGUUCCCAAAAUCUAUAAAUUUGAAAAAUAUCUAUACAAAAAAAAAACUACUCCCAAGAGCACAAAAUGUGGACCUCGCUGCUCGUUUUCGUGCUCCUCGGGCUGCUCAACACGUCGUCCUUGAUCACCAGCCAGGACGACGGGUCCUACGAGCAUCUGGCGACCUAUCUGCGACCUGGUGAACCACACACCCAGGACGGACAGACGCUGCUCAACAUGCUGUACCUGCACAACCAAGUGCAGGUCUACUGCCAACGACCCCCAUCCCUGACCUUGUGGAACGUUUUUCAGAGCAGCCGCCUGCACUUGAAGAUAGCCGCUGGCGCAGAUUACAGCCAGUAUAAGGGGACCUCCGUUUGGGAAGUCUACGAGGCGCAUCGACAGCUGGAUGAGUGCUACGAAGGUAAGCCCCUGGGAUCUUCGGCGGAGGAACCCCGGAUCAUUUCACUGGCUACCCAUUCCCACGACUGUUAUGGCAUCUACACCAACGAGCCGUUUGUCCUCACACUCGAGGAGAUCGGCUGCGACAUGGAGCGCUUCGCGCAGUUCACCUUUGCCCUCGUUUUGUGGGUGAGUUCUCCCCACCUGGCGGACUCACUGCUCGGUUUCUACUGCUCCGCGGCGGCAGUGGGUGCCCACCUGGCGGGUUUGGUCGUUGUUGGAUUCACCCUUGUAUCAUCCGGCAGCGAGCAAUCGCUGGAAUUGAGAACGCUCAAGGGGAUUUUCAAGCAGGUGCUGCAGGAACGACCCUCUACGAUGACCUUGGCUUUGAUAGGCGGCGCCUGGUUGACCCAAUCCGCCUGCCAGCGGCUAUGUUUUCUAUGGGAGCGCUCUAUCCUCCGACGUUUGCACUAUCGCUUCCUGAGGACCACAUCCUACUGCCUGAUCCUGACCGCCUCCGAUCACAGGGCCUUCGGUUGGGUCUGUGUUUCACUGCUCAUUCCCUGGCCAGAACUUCAUUGGCUGAUUAGCUGGUUGAGAUCCAAAUGCAUUCGUUACCUAAGCGAUUAUCGUGAAUCGUCGCACCAGCAUAACCAGUUGACUGAAGCGCAAAUUGUAUCCAGAUUUUUAGGCGGUGGCGUUGAUCAUUCGGCUGAAGAACCCUUUCUAUCCCAAGAUAAUGGCAGUUUCGACACAAUCAACAUGCGAUGUCGCCAGAAGGAGCAGGAGCAGGAGCCCAGGGAUGCGGGGAAUGGACACGCCUUUAGUUGUGAGUGUCGAGUAUCGAGCCAUCUCAAUCGACCCUCCACUUGGAACUGCCAGAGCAAGCGGCUUCAGUUGACCCCCAAUAGAAGAAGGUUGGUCCGCACCUGGUCCUCAAGCAGCCAAGUACCGAGUUCAGCCCCCAAGAGUUCGGUGACCACCUUGUACCACAAUCUCCGCUUCUCAAACUCCGAGCGCAGCCUCCGAGAUCAAUAGGUAUACAGUUGAAGAAGUCCAUUCCGGCAAAAGAAAAUGGGAUCUGAGCGGAGCACAUCAGAAACGAAAGAUUGGUAGAGGAGCAAUUGAAUCGAAUAGAGAAGAGGGGACGAACAAGAAUUUUCCAUUUGCCAGGAUAAGUUUCCUUACUCGAGAGGUGGUGUUGGGUGGGUGGCGACGUUUGAAAGUGGCAGACAAAGUAUUCCACAGGCAAGGAAAUGUGUUGCAAAGGCAGCUGGCAGGCUUCAAAACACUACAAGAAGGCAUAUGCACGAGAAUCAUGAAUUGACAACAGACUGAGGGAAACAAGUUGUACAAUGUUAUGUUCUUUUGCAAACCAAUUUACAAAUGUUUGACUGCUUUGUUACUAUCUUAAACAUUUGUUGCUAUUUAUUAAUAAAUUGUUAGAUCCCAU